AGUUCCCCAUGCCAUGCACAGUCAAACUCGUUGUUGUUUCCCCACGUUCUUGUUAGUUUCUUGCUUUCUCAAUGCUUCGCCCUACUGAUUUAUUGCAUGAACAACAUGAAAAGGUAAGUUGCCAAUUUUUUUAAAAACAAAGUUACACUGCGCCGAAGAAUCUACGACUAGCAGAUCUAUCACGAAGAACGGAACUUUUGCGUCGGAAUUCUUCCGACCAUUUCCACAUCAAGUUCAACAGGUAAAACUUUGUGGUGCCGCAUCCCCCGCCUUCCAGUAUUCUGGAAGGUGAAAAUAACACCCGAUUGUUAUUGAAGCAGGAGCAGGACUACAUGAUCAACGGACGCCGACGCAGUUCAACCUGAAAGAGGGUCGCGCGUCUGCACGCCGGCUGAAGCCGGUGCCAGCGCAAGAAAAAAAUUCCUUUACCGUUAACGAAAAUUAUACCGCCAGAGUCAGACCCGUAGAAGUCUCAGCGCAAGCCCGACAGCGCCAGUUUCAGUCACACUUUGGGUUCUUGGCGAUGGGGCUUUUCCGUUCCGCAAGGGAGCUUUUCCGGGUGUUGCACCUUUUGCAUUGUGCAGUGCGAACUGUGUGCAAUAAGACCACGCUGGAGCUGUUGCAACAUGUUGCAAACGCCGCUUGGAACCCAGAAAUGCAGGAUUUCGAGUUGCACUUCGACACCUUCGGGCCCUACGACGAGGACGACGAUGCGGAAUGGGAGCGUCGUGAAAAGGGGAGCAGCGGGGGUUUUGCGCAAGUCUGGAUACCCGCGGGGUACAGCACCACGCGGCGAACGGAGAGCUGGGACGAGUUUCGUCAUGCCGCGUCGCGCGACGGAAGGCCCGCAGAAGGUUCAUCGACGCUGGAGGUGGUACAGACGACGAAGAAAAGAGCCGCGACGUCCUCCAGAGGAAGACAUCUCCACAGUGAUAGGCGCAAAGAAAAACAUCACCACGACAAGCGCAGCAAAAGGCGCAAAAGCAGGCAUGUCCACAAAGAACAAGAUGCGGAGCACCAAGAACGGAAAAAGGCGACGAAAACCCACCAUGUUGUUCCGACUGUGGACGACGGGAGCAGAAAUGCAACCGAGAAUUCGGGUCCCCAUGAAGGCGGCGGGGCCGCCGGUGGUGCUGGUGGUGAGAAGAACGGAUUGCAGCAGGCACGGCCCACGUCGAGAAAAGAAAAGGAUGUCCAACUUCUUGAGAAAACAACCCAGUCGCACGACGGCGAAACGCCAAAAUCAUCCGCGGAGAUGAGGCACACACAGGAUGAUGAGCGUGAAAAUCGGAACAAAAGUAGGGCUGAGCGUGGUGGUGCCGCUGCAUCCGAUCGUCCCGGACAAAACAGCACCAGAGGCAUGUCUUCGCAACUCGCUCUGAAAAACAAAAACGCCCCUGCCGCGCGCAAGAAAAGACACGGCAAGCGAGGCGCGUCUGCGAGUGGUGUCGGGAAGCGAAGCGGGGGCCGCGGUGCGGAAGACCGACCUACCUCGAUCAGAGAAAGGCGGGGAGACCGGUUCGAAUUCUUGCAGACGAGGGCAGACGAGAAGAAGGCCGAGCUUAUGAGACGCCGAAGUGUUGUUGUCCUCGUGCCUUGCAUUGAAGAUACGGAUACAGUUUCACGGAACAGGCAUCGCUCGGCUUUUUCUUACAUAAACUUCUUGGGAAUCCGGCGGUUAAGUACUGCGUUGGAUGCCUGUUCGUCUUGGCCGUCCAGGAGAAAUCGCUAGUGCAAUUAUUUUUGAUCUGGCUGAUUUAUUCGUAAACUUGUGGCCAGAUGCACAUGUGUCCAGCUGCGCUGUUAUUCGAAAAGAACAACUACUAUACGUGUGCGCUUAGAACAGAAGCUUGAUGCUGCAUAUGCAAAGGUGAAACUGAUGAAAGGCAAGGGCUGAUGUCCUGAUGAUGAAUGUAUGAGGUACUUGGAAAACACUUUUGCAGUUGAUAGAGAUGAAAGCCGCCACGUCCCCCGCUCCGGUCGCAGGCUUGGACCACAGGCUGGGAAGAGCCCGGGGCGACGUUCGUGACAAGCCUGCAGAUGUGACGCGCGAGGAUGGUGCAGCCAGAAGCAGCAGCUCGGAUUUCUUGCAGACGCUGUCCGGGAAGCCGACGAAGAACGGUUCGGGGGGAGACAACGAAGAAUUCUUGGCGUCGACGCAGCAGGAGGACCGGACUCCGGUCGCAAACGAACCACUUGGCAUUCCGGUUGAAGAAGACGAACUACGUGUGGCCGAAGAUGAGGUUCCGCGAGUGCUGCAAGAGGGUGGCGAGGUCAAGGGUCGGAAAGCAGAAGGGCCCGAGUGUUCUUUUUUAUCGUGUUCCGGGGGGGACAUAUCAUCACGAAAAAGCAAAGCUCGAUACCGCAAGUCGCACGAAAGGUUUGGUUCUGGAUACGUUUAGUUUCCCCUUGUAUUCUGGUAAAAAAAGUCAUUGUUUGGGCAGCUAUAUUGAGUAUAUCACGGCGCUCAAUUUCGUUAGCGAGCGUCUUUUAUUUGCACUUACUGGUACUUUUGUAGCAGGCGUUCCGCGUUUUUAAGUACCCGCGGGAUCAUCGUGUUCAGCGUGCAUUUCGUUCGGCUGCGGGGCGAGAGGUUCUUUCUCCACAAGUAUACUUCGAUGUUCCUCUUGCUCCUCCCCAACGCCCGGCUGCUGUGGCCGGACCGCGCCCAGGUGCUGCGACUCCACCUCUUGGUGGCGCGCAGUCAAGCAACACGGGUACGCCGCAGGGGCCGACAACCACUACGAUAAAAUUGACUUUACCGCCGGCGCACCCCGGGACUAGCAACACGCGGCCCAGUGGAGUAGAUCCCGCGGGCGGAGAUCCCGCGUUGACAGGAGGAGUUGCGCACCCGUCUGCAACAGUGAGCUUUCGUCCGAAAAACGAAAAGACAGGCGUGUCGGGCCAGUUGGGCUGCGAGUUCGUCUGGUAUGGGAGAGACGAAGAGUGGCACAAAACGGGGCGCAAUUUUCCCGUAGAUCCAGACUGGCCAAACUUUCCCCGUCAUUUACUUCCUCAUUCGCUAGAUUUGACGAAAGAAACGCUUCACCUUCAUCCUCUCAAUUUGUUGAAACCAGUGGACAAGCGAUUGGAAAACUACAAACAUAAUCCUCUGGUAUUCCAAAGCAAAUGGAAGGGUACCCGAACCUGGAAUUCUGGUGGUGGACGGCCGCCCGCACAAUACAAACACGCACUUGACGAGGGUUUCAAGUCACAAAACCUAGUGUCUCAACUAAUCGCCCCUGAUAUUGGCAUACCUGCGGAGAUAUGCAUUGCACAUAUUUCUCGGUCUGGAAAAUUUGCGCUUGUGAUGCUCGUGUUGCUUUUCUGUAAAACCUGUGUUGCAUGCCCAGGAGGGCCACAGCUUUCUUUUCCAUGCAAAAACGCAACAUCUGGUUCUAAGGAGUAUGCCGUGCCAGAAAGUGAAACUGAAAGCGUAGUCAAAACGUGUCAUGCAUUGGCUCCAAUCUUCGGUGAUUGAAAUCUAAAUAGUAUUUAGAUUUGAAUCACCCGCUAUAAUUUUAUUCAGUAUUUACAUGUUUCCAGACCGCACAGACAUACUUGCAGUGCAUAGAAGAAUAUCGGUCUUGUAGUUGCUGGGAACAGCGGACUACCGGGGGGCGGAAUAGCUGGUCUUGGACCUGACGGUGCUCAACUGAAGCAGGGAGGCAUCCACGCUAAUUACGACUCGCAGGAAGAGUCGCUUGUUUCCAACUGGAUUCACUACCAGGUGGAGUACGAAAAUUAUCGAAAUGUAACUAACUCUACCUUCCUUCUACUUAGUAAAGGCAAUCAUAAUUCUUCGUAGAUGUAAUGCUGAAAUGCAGAUGCUGGGCAAGCAAGAAGAAGCACAGAUUUUUACGUCAGUGAGCGGCUAGACUGCAACAUUGUAGUUGUCCUUCGCCCAGUACAGGUGUGUGUCCUACUCGAAAUGGGAUUCUAUUCGGCUUGCAAAAAAAAAGAUAGAAAUAGGGCGAGAAGCGCAGACGGCUAUUGCACACGAAGAGUACCUUUUGGUCCAGCAAUGCCAUGACGGACCGUGAGGGAUGCAUGUCUUGCGGUUGGCAGGUAGCAGGCAUUUCUGUUUCAUAGUGGAGACCAUCGAAGUCGAGGUCCCAGGUGGAUAGACCCUCGAAUCUUGGUGGGUGACCUGUACGCGUCCACUAUCCAGAAUGAGUGGGGCCUGAAAAACGACCAUUGGGCGGACUACACAACAAUUCAAGGCGUGAACUAUAGAUCCACAGAAAAUCCCGUUGACUUUUCGGAUUGUUGGGUCGUCCGGAACACGCGCAUUGGAGAUGAAGAGCGAUAUAGAACACCCGAAGGUAAAUCGAAGUCGGGCUAUAAAAGGCCGGGGCCCGACAACAAGCACGUUGGAGAAAAGAUCGGCGGCCUCUUCUUUGCUUCCGCGCCAAACGCCGCCGGCCAGAGAGGAGAUUUUGGCAGCACUGCGCGAACUUUGAAUUUGCGGGCGACCGACAAGCAACUCAUGGGAGAAGGACCAGCAGUAAAAGAAGACGUGGUUUUUUUUCUCGCGGGUUUGGAAGCAGCAAUUACUGGAGUCAUUGACGCAGCCAUUAAAGAGCAGUUGCUUUUCGGUAUACCCAUAUCCGUGCUAGUUUUUAACCCGUUCGGUGGUGGACUUUACUGGCCGCGACAAGGAGAUGCAUUUGUCAUGAAUGACAGCGGGUACAGAGUAGCCAAAGAUCCCAAAAAGCGGGAGGUGAGAGGACCUCAACCAAUCCUGGAGACCUACAAACGCAUUUUUACUCAUGUUCUCGACGGAACGGUCUCUGUGCAGCGAAUAAAUAUGGAGGGCGAAGCGUUUGAGGUGAAGAAGAAAUUCUUCUUUGACCACAUCCUAGUGACAGGUCUCUAGAAGGUCAAGGAAAGAUUGUGACUGUUUUUAACCCCGGACAGUAAACUUUAGGUACCGUAGUUGAUUUACGUCACUGUCGUCGAUGUUUCGACGGUGCGCCACUGUUUUGACGCCUAUCUUGUUUCUUCGUCUUUACGCACACUGUAAGAAUUACAAGGCUCUAUUGUGAUGUUGAGAUUUUUACGUUAUAGUACGCCAGAUGUUCUUUUGAGUGUUUUUUUUUUCAGCCCGAUAGUUUGUUAGUUACGGUCACCUUCUAAACCAUCGAAGAAUAUUACUCUACAUGAUUGUUUAUAUUAGUAUUCUGCAUGAUUGUUGGCGCACCGCAAGCGCAGUCACUCGUUCCUCAGCAUUAUGUUAGAAGCAUGAACAGGAAAAACGUGAAGUAAGCCUGAAGUAACACAUUUACCUUAGUGAGCUUCAGCGAAGUGUUUCUCGUUAAACUACUUCUCUGUUUCUGCGGAACCAGCUUUCGACCAC